AUGGACGAUAAUGAGCGAAACCAAAACACGCUUGGUUUGCGAUGGAAGCGGUGGCUGACAGCGUUCGAACUACUUGCAGACCGCAAAGGCUUAAUUCUAAAUGAAGAUAACGUGAACAACAGGCAGAGGAGACGUGCCUUAAUGCUCCAUCUCGCGGGACCCGAUGUUCAAGAUAUCUUCCCUAGCCUCCCGAACACGGGGAAUGUGAAGGAUUACCAGAAAGCGGUCGAUGCACUAAACGUAUACUUCGUUCCCAAAGUUGACACUACGUAUGAUAAACACUGUUUCAGACAGCUAAUUCAAGCACCAGGGGAAACAAUCCGACAAUUUGCAACCAGACUCAGACGAGCAUCGAAAGAUUGUGACUAUGGCGGAGACACAGAUAACCAAAUUCGUGGUGAAAUCCUCUGCAAGUGCACCAGCACGUGCAUAAAGCGAAAACUCGGGGAAGAACGUUAAGGCCCCACUUAAGCUAGAGCGCUUGAAAUAGCGGAGAACUGCGAAAACGUUGACACACAGGUUGCUACAAUGACCAUAGAAGAAAAGGGAGAGAGUUCAGCUAGUGUAAACCGCAUAGAGGGAAUAACGGUGGCCAUGAAAGGAUAAAUCAGUCACGAGGUACCAAAACCGGCCGUGAGAAAACUUGUUACCGAUGUGGUAGAAUCCGACAUUUCGGUCGAGAUUCCAACUGUCCAGCAAGAGGUCAUUUCUGCCAUGGAUGUGGGCUGGAAGGACAUUUUCAAGAGCAGUGCAAGACAAAGCAGAAAGGUGAAGCAGGGCAAAAGCAAAGCAAAGGCCACAGGAACCGCGAGGGAGGUGCUGCAAAUAUGGUUGGUUGCGACGACGACGAAGAGGAACCAGUAUAUGCAUCCACGGCAGGAGGCAGGAAUGAGGAGAAAAUUGAAGUAACCGUUGGAGUUUCUAAGCUGAACAUGAUCAUAGUUUCUGGAGCAAACACUAACAUCAUUGACAAGCAAACAUGGGAGUGGUUGAAGAAAAACAAAGUGAAGUGUGAAUCAGCUCGCUCGUGUAGCAAACUCUAUGCCUAUGCAUCUCAGACACCAUUCCAUUGGAUGUGAUAGGAACAUUCUCCUGUUAAGUCUCUGCAGGAAGCAACACUGUUAGUGGUAAGUUUUGUGUGAUCAAUGGUGAAGAAGACUCCCUUCUAGGGAAGACGCUGCAACUAGUCUAGGCGUACUGAGGAUAGGGAUAGACGUCGCUGCAGUAAGCGCAGACCCAAAGAGUCCCUGCAACAGAAGUACCCACAUGUUUUCAGCGGCGUUGGAAAGUUGAAAGAGCGAGCAGUACAACUCCACAUCGACCCCAAUGUGAAGCCGGAAGCACAGCCGAUGCGGAGGACUCCGUUCAGCAAGAGAUUAGAGUUGGAAGAAAAGAUUAAAGAACUCAUUGAACUAGACAUCACUGAACCUGCGCAAGGGCCGACACCAUUUUAA